AUGCCAGAUAUAAAGAAGGCACGAGGUAUUACUCAUGUGUUACGUGAUACAGAGAAUUUUAUCACACUUAUAAGAUGGAGUGACAAUAGUCAAGUGACUCUUGGAACAAAUGUACUGUUUCAAGGUACAUUAGGUGAAAGUACAUACUUGAAGUGGAAUAUAGAAUCAAGAAAGAAGGUUUCCAUACCACAGCCUUCCCUUCUACAGGAAUAUGAUCGCCACAUUGGAGGAGCAGAUCUUUUUGACAACUUACAAAGUCUGUACCGCAUUGAAAUACAAUCAAAGAAAUGGUACUGGACAGUAAUCAGGUUCUGCCUAAAUGGUGCUGUUGUGAAUGUGUAUCCUAUACUGGCAGCUAAAUAA